GCGAUGUCGUUCCGCGACCUCAGGAAUUUUACUGAGAUGAUGAGGGCGCUGGGGUAUCCCCGGCUCAUAUCUAUGGAGAAUUUCCAUACCCCAAACUUCAUGCUUGUUUCAGAAGUGCUUCUCUGGCUAGUGAAAAGGUAUGAACCCCAGACUGAUAUUCCUCCUGACGUGGAGACAGAGCAGGAUCGAGUUUUCUUCAUUAAGGCGGUGGCUCAGUUCAUGGCUACCAAAGCUCACAUAAAGCUCAACACUAAGAAGCUUUACCAGGCAGAUGGCUACGCAGUGAAGGAACUGCUAAAGGUCACCUCUGUGCUUUAUGGUGCUAUGAAUACUAAGGGAGUGGAACGUGCAGACGUGAGCGAGGAAGACAGCAGCAAGUUCAAGUUCGAUCUUGGCUCAAAAAUCGCUGACUUGAAGGCAGCUAGACAGCUUGCUUCCGAAAUUACCUCCAAAGGAGCAAGCCUGUAUGACUUACUUGGCAAAGAAGUUGAACUAAGGGAAGCAAGAACAGAAUCUAUUGCCAGACCUUUGGAGAUAAAUGAGGCUGAGAAGAUGAUGAAAGUUGCCAUUGACUGUGUUCUGGAAGAAGUCCAAAAGACUAAAGACAUGUUGAAUAAUGUGGCUUUGGAUGAAGCCAAUUUGGAAGCCAAGAUUGAAAAACGAAAAUUGGAACUGGAAAGAAGCCAGAAGAGGCUACAGACUCUACAAAGUGUUCGUCCUGCUUUUAUGGAUGAGUAUGAGAAGAUGGAGGAGCAACUGCAGAAACAAUACAGCAGUUACCUAGAAAAAUUCCGUAAUCUGACCUACAUGGAGCAACUCCUGGAUGAUCAUCGACGGGCAGAGCAAGAGAUGUUUGAGGAAGCGGCAAACAUGCUGCGUCUUAUGCAGAACAGGCUGAAGGAAGAGGAGCAGCACCUGCUGAAGAGUGGAAAUAAUGAUGAUUCCGACAUAGAGAUCCAAGAGGAUGAAGGAUCCGAUAGUGAAGUGGAAGACAGGCAGAUCAUGAAGCAGCGCACCGGCACAGAAGCACUACUGCAAGGAAGAGCUGGCGCACGGAUCGUGGGAACAAUGCAAGGUGGAGACACGGAGGACGACGAGGACUCGGGGGAUAGCGAGAUUGACCUGGAUGAAGAUGAGGAGGAGGAUGAUAUGGAAGAUGACAGCAUGGAAAUCUCCCCAAGCAAAUCCAGUCACCGAGCAAGAAAGCCAGAGCUGCUAGAGGAAAGCGAUAAUGACUUCUGACCCUUUAGUAGCAGGACCAGGAGGCAUCUGGAAACAUCAAUUUGGAGAGCACGCAGGCCAGGAGCUGCCAUUUGAAAAGCGCUUGUCAGCAUGAAUUCAGGAGUCAGUAAAUAAUGUUCAUUAAACUUGAAAAUUAAACUUGGAUUGCCGGUCUUGUGACUCUCAAAGCAUGAGCAGUUUAUCCGUAAUGAGGAGAAUCACGGUAAUGUGGAGUGUGGUUAUUUCCAUAAUUGCAUUAGAACUGGCCCUCAUGCGCUGCAGUGCCAAAAGUCGCACUCCAGUGAGCAUCGCGUGCUUGAUUUCCCUGCGUUUUGUUAUGUCCAAACAGAUUUUUUUGGCUUAAUAAAACCGGAUGAAAAGCUG